ACGCAUUUGAUUGAUAUUUCGGGAUUACGACUUUAUGAAAUCUAUGUCCAACUCAUUUUCUUCGAUCUAUAUACGUACAGUGAAGUCAUGACAGCAACGAGGUGGUUUAUUUAAUUGCGACUCUCGCAGGUGAAACAUCUAAGGCAGUUCUUAUCAAUUUUAUGCGCACAUUUGAUACGUAGCACUGAUGCCACGUUAUAUCAGAUUAUUAUGAGGCAUGGCAGCGAAAACUCGAACAGUCCGGUAUAAUAUUUCAUUAUAGGUGAGAAUUCGCAGAUUUGUUUGUACCGUACAUCUUUGCAUAUAUAUUAGCUUUAGAACAUACUACACAGACAUUCUACAGCUAUAUCCUGUAUCCUGUAACAUCAUAUAGUUUACUGUUCACAGUAUUUGGUUAUUCACUUAUAUAAUAAAUUGCGAAGAAGAAUAAAGAUUAUUAAGGAAGAAUUUUGAGAUAUAAUAGAAAAAUGCCUUCAGCCAUCACCCGCACCAGCGGUGUUAGCUAUCUGGCUUUCGGUGACGUAGCUGAGUUAGACAAACGGUUAAACGAACUGACUGCAAAGUAUUUUCCUAAACAUCGACGAAUUAGUUCCGAAUAUGGUUAUCAUUACGAAUCGCUUUCAAACGACAUGAAAGAAAAUUGUUCGAAGGUCAGAAAAAUGCAGGGAGAUGCAUGCGGUUUCGAAAUGAAAGAUAAUCGGUUUCGAAAGGAUGUAAUCACUAGUGAUUAUAUGGAAACAACAGCGCUAAUUACAGAGCGCCGAAGAAAACUGAAAGAUGGGAUCUCGAGCCGCCAACAGAUGGAAGAAAUAUCACAGAAAAUUGCAGACUUAUCCAACGUACAAGAAAAGAUAAAUGAAAUAUCAAGGAAACAUAAAAAAGCACUUCUUUCUCUCGGUGACGCAGAGCUGGCGCGCAGACUGGAAAAACUGUUGGAAAGAAACAAUUUGCCAAAAAGUGAAUCUAUGUAUAAAUAUUAUCAAAUUAAUGAUCACACACUCCCGAAGAAAGCUUCAAAAAGCAAUUGUGACAAAGCACAUUCGAAGAAAAUUUCUUUGGAGUUUGCUGCUUCCAAGUUAAGAAAUAUCAAAGCCGUCGGUUGCUCAUUUGCGCCUGAAGGUAACAGCAAUGUGUUACAGCGUGAGUCCGAUGAAUGGUUGUCUAAGCAAAGUAAGCACAUGAAUAAACUUCGUAAAAUGUGUUCCAUUUCUCUUUGGAGAAAAACUAUUCUCCGACAACAUUUCAAAUUUGUCCAACAAUUCAGAAAACGUCGUAGAUCGAGAAGAGUUGAAUGUUCUUUAAUCCCCGGUUCAGAUAUUUCAAAUGACAGUUUUUAAUUUUAUAUGCUUCACUUUCAACUUCACUUCAUUUCCAAUUUCAAGUACUUCGUAGUUCCUAUUCUGAUUUUUAACUGCAAAACGUUGUUACGUUUGAAUAUAAAUGGAUGAAUAUGCUCUGUUACUCGGUCCA